AUGAAUCAAAAAAGAAAUAUUAAUAAUGGACAAAAUUUACGUUUUCAAAUACCACAAAAUUCAUUAUUAAGAAAAAGAAUGCUUCAAGGUGGUUUAUUAUCAUCACAACGUUUACCAAACACAGUACCAUGUUGUCAAAAUCAAGUAAAAGAAAAUAUAAAAGAAAUAACAAAAGAUAAAGAAAAUACAAUGCUUCAAAAGUCUAAAUUAAGUGGAAUAAUAAUAAGAAAUGCAGCAAAAUUUAAUUCGGAUGGAGAUGAUCAUAUCAGAAAAGCAGAAUUGAAUUGGACGGCAAAAAAAAAACAUUUUAGAGAUACAGAAGAAUGGAAAAUUAAAAAAGCAAGAAUUAUUUCAAAAAUAAAAGCUAUGGGAAAAAUUAAUUUGGCUUUCAUAAUUUCUAAAAUGCAGACAAUUGAAACACUUCCUGAUAAAUUGUUAGAACAUAUAUUUUCUUAUCUUAAUCCUUAUCAAAAAUUAACUGUUGGUAAAGUUUGCAAAAAAUGGAGAAAAAUUAUACAAGGACCUGCUUUAUGGGUAUCAAUAUCAUUUAGACCAAAUCAUGGUGGUCUUCAAGUACAUAAUGUUGAACAUUUUACUCAACUUAUUGGUGUACGUUUUACAGAGACACGUAGUUGUGAACUUGCUACAGAUUUAAUAACAUGUAAUGUUCUUCAUGAAAUGGCAAAUAAAUGUUCAAAGUUAGAACAUUUAACAUUAGAUUUUUCAACAGCAAUGCAAUUACAUGACUUUACUGAUCUUCAAUUUUUUCCAAGUAGACUUAAAAGUUUAACAUUAUGUUUAAGUGAAAAUAUAUUUUUAGAAGGUUUUUUAAGAAAAGUUUAUACAUUUGUAUCAUGUGUUGAAAAUCUUCAUAUUGUUGGAACAUAUGAAAAAGUUGAAGAUGAAGAAGAAGAGGUAUAUGAAACUGUUAAUAUGCAUAAAUUAAAACAAUAUAUGCCAAAUUUAAGAGUUGUUAAUUUAUGGGGUGUACCAUUUAUUAAUGAUGAACAUGUUGAUGCUAUUUCAUCAAAUUGUGCCCAUUUAGAAUGUUUAUGUGUUAAUUAUUGUAAUAAAGUAACUGGUUCAUGUUUAAAAUUAGUUCUUCAAAGAUGUAAAAAAUUAAGAUCAUUAUUUUUGGCACAUGCUAAAUUAGAUAAUACAAUAUUACAAACAGUUGAAUGGGAAAAAACACAAAUUGAAGAAUUAGAUAUACGUGGAACUGAAUUAAAAGAAGAUACAAUAUCAUAUAUAUUAUGUAGAUUACCAUUAAUAAAAUGGUUAGAUGCAAGUUUUUUAGAAAAUUUUACUGAUCGUGUUAUGGAUGAUUGGAUGAAUUCAGGAUCAUUAAAAAAUUUACAAUAUCUUAAUUUAGAUACAUGUGAUUCCUUAAAUGAACCUAUUUUAACUGAUUUUGUUAUAAGAUAUGGUCAACAAAUGAUUGGUUUAAUAUUAGGUGGACAUCAUAAAUUACUUGAAUAUUUUUGGAUGAAUAUGAUACCAAAUUUAAGAAAUAUUAAUAUUCUUGUUAUGGGAAUUGCUGAGGAUUGUUGCCCAAAAGUAAAUGCAAAAAUUCAUAUAGAUCAAUUUAUUGAUUGUAUAGCACAAAAUUGUCCAAAAUUAACACGCUUUGAAAUUAGAUGGGAUGAUGAGACAUUACGUUUUUCUGAUAAAUCAAGUAAAUUUAUAGAUGUUUUAAGAAUGAAAUGUCUAAAACUUCACUCAAUGGUUCUUAGUGACGGCCAAUACUAUGAAUUAGUUAGAUCAAAUUUUGAGCGUGCUGAUAGAAUGUCUGUUGUCAGAACAAGAGAAAUGUGCAAGACAGGGUUAUUACACGUCUCGAAAUAUUACAACCAAUUAUUGUUUAACUAA